AUGUAUAUUAUGAAGAAUAUUUUCUUUGUGACAACGAUUGUUGCUGUACUAUCAGUUGGUGAAUGUGACAAUAGAUUGAAGAUUCAGAGGUUCAAGCGACACGAUACCUCAAUAAGAAUUAAACGAACAUCUUACGCACCACCUCCUCCAGUACCAUUUGACUACAGUGAUAAUGCUGAUGGCUUCUAUGUACUUGAUCUUAAAUUAAGCAGUCUAUACUGUUAUUCUGGUGAACCAAAUUGUGCACCCUAUCAACAUAAAUGGAUUAUCUCAGAUUUCAAAUUCCAAUUGUACAAUGAAAAAAAUCCAUGCCACAAUACUUCAAUAACUUUGAAUCCUGAAAAAAUAUCAACUAUACAAAAAAGUAUACAAGAAAAGUGGUCCAGCGAUCUUCGAUCAACCCAAAUAGAUUGGAAACUUAGCGGCUCUUGCAGCCUUAGAAUUCCAGAACUUGAUGACGAGUUUAAAUUUUUCAAGAAAUCAAUCGACUUGUAUGACAAAUUCAAUAUCGGUAAAAUUUUAGAUGAUGAAGGUAUCACUGUCAAAGGUGAUUAUUCUAUUGAUAAAAUUUCGGACGCUAUUUCAAAUGCUUUGGGUGGAAAACAUGCCCAACUUGGAUGUCUUAAUGGAAAUGAUCCAUUGAAUGAAAAGAGAGACGGUGUUGAUCAAUUCGAAGAAGUGAUUAUAUUCUUUGAUAAACAAUUCAAUCCGAUAGAUAACCCCGGAUGGCAGAAGUAUAUAUUCGGCGAAUGUCCGCGGAAUGUCAUUGUCCAUUAUGGUGUAGAUUCAAAUAAUUAUUAUUGAAAAGAUUAGUACCAAAUUCUUUUAAUUUAUUUAAUAUAUCGCACACAUACUUAGAAACCUGCAAGGUCAUCAUAGAAUUAAAUUGUGGACGCUGCCUUGGUGAAAUAAUUUACAAUGUUUAAAUGUUUAUCGAAAUAAAACAAAGAAAAUAGUAAUAUGC